AGCUCUUUUUUUUUUGUUUUUUUUUUCUCUGUCUAUAUAUAGCUACCUUACUCAGUGUCUUUUGGAUUACAUAAACUCAAAGUCCUCCACUUAUUAUAAAGUCACUCUUUUUCUUUGUUCUUCUCAUUCUUUUGUUUUCUGACACACCAAAAUUCAGGGUCUGUUUGGAUAGUGAAAAAUGGGGACACGUAAUUUGGAGAAAAUGGCAUCAAUUGAUGCUCAGUUAAGGCAAUUGGUGCCUGGUAAAGUAUCUGAGGAUGAUAAACUUGUUGAGUAUGAUGCUUUGCUUUUGGAUAGGUUUCUUGAUAUUCUUCAAGAUUUGCAUGGGGAAGAUCUCAAAGAAACCGUCCAAGAGUGUUAUGAGCUUUCUGCCGAGUAUGAAGGCAAGCAUGAUCCAAAAAAGCUGGAGGAACUUGGCAGUAUGUUGACAGGUUUGGAUCCAGGGGAUUCAAUUGUCAUUGCUAAAGCUUUCUCUCACAUGCUUAACUUGGCCAAUUUGGCCGAGGAGGUUCAGAUUGCCUACCGUAGGCGUCAAAAUUUGAAGAAAAAGGGAGAUUUUGUCGAUGAGAACAAUGCAACAACUGAGUCAGAUAUUGAAGAGACCUUCAAGAAACUGGUGGGUGACUUGAAGAAAUCUCCUCAAGAAGUUUUUGAUGCUCUGAAGAAUCAGACCGUGGAUUUGGUCCUUACUGCUCAUCCUACUCAAUCUGUCCGAAGAUCAUUGCUCCAAAAGCAUGGAAGGAUCCGUGACUGCUUGGCUCAGUUGUAUGCUAAAGAUAUUACACCUGAUGAUAAACAGGAGCUUGAUGAGGCUUUACAGAGGGAGAUUCAAGCUGCUUUCCGCACUGAUGAGAUCCGUAGAACUCCUCCAACUCCACAAGAUGAAAUGAGAGCUGGAAUGAGCUAUUUCCAUGAAACAAUUUGGAAGGGUGUACCAAAGUUCUUGCGCCGUGUUGAUACAGCUCUUAAAAACAUUGGGAUUAAUGAACGAGUUCCUUAUAACGCUCCUCUUAUUCAAUUUUCCUCUUGGAUGGGCGGUGAUCGUGAUGGUAAUCCAAGAGUGACUCCUGAGGUCACAAGAGAUGUUUGCUUAUUGGCCAGAAUGAUGGCAGCUAACUUGUACUAUUCGCAAAUAGAGGACCUCAUGUUUGAGUUAUCUAUGUGGCGCUGCAAUGAAGAGCUCCGCGUGCGAUCAGAUGAAGUACUCCACAGGUCUUCAAGGAGAGAUGCAAAGCACUACAUAGAAUUUUGGAAGCAAGUUCCUCCAAAUGAACCGUAUCGUGUAAUUCUUGGUGAUGUGAGAGAUAAGCUGUAUCAGACACGUGAGCGUGCUCGCCAACUGUUAGCUCAUGGACACUCUGAUAUUCCAGAGGACGCAACUUAUACUAAUAUUGAGCAGUUCUUGGAACCUCUUGAGCUCUGCUACAGAUCUCUUUGUGCUUGUGGUGAUCGCCCCAUCGCUGAUGGUAGCCUUCUGGAUUUCCUUAGACAAGUUUCUACGUUUGGACUUUCACUUGUCAGACUUGACAUAAGACAAGAGUCAGACCGCCACACUGAUGUGCUUGAUGCUAUUACCCAGCAUUUAGGAAUUGGUUCAUAUCGAGAAUGGUCUGAAGAACGUAGACAAGAGUGGCUUCUGUCUGAACUCAGCGGCAAGAGACCUUUAUUUGGACCUGAUCUUCCAAAAACUGAAGAAAUUGCUGAUGUUUUGGAUACGUUCCAUGUCAUAUCCGAACUCCCAGCAGACUGCUUCGGGGCAUAUAUCAUCUCAAUGGCUACCUCACCAUCUGAUGUGCUUGCAGUUGAGCUUCUACAGCGUGAAUGCCGAGUGAAGCAACCUUUACGAGUUGUUCCACUUUUUGAGAAGUUGGCUGAUCUGGAUGCUGCUCCUGCUGCCGUUGCACGUCUUUUCUCAAUCGAGUGGUACAGAAACCGGAUUAAUGGCAAGCAAGAGGUCAUGAUUGGAUACUCUGACUCUGGCAAGGAUGCAGGUCGGCUAUCAGCAGCCUGGCAGUUAUAUAAGGCUCAAGAGGAGCUUAUACAAGUUGCCAAGGAGUUCGGCGUGAAGCUAACUAUGUUCCAUGGUAGAGGUGGUACAGUGGGAAGAGGAGGUGGCCCCACCCAUCUUGCUAUAUUGUCUCAACCACCCGACACAAUUCACGGUCAUCUUCGCGUUACAGUUCAGGGUGAGGUUAUUGAGCAAUCUUUUGGGGAAGAACACUUGUGUUUUAGGACACUCCAGCGCUUUACUGCUGCUACUCUUGAACAUGGGAUGCAUCCUCCAGUCUCUCCCAAACCAGAAUGGCGUGCUCUUAUGGACGAAAUUGCCGUUGUUGCUACAGAAAAAUAUCGAUCAAUAGUUUUUAAGGAACCCCGAUUUGUCGAGUAUUUCCGCCUGGCCACACCCGAGUUAGAGUAUGGUCGAAUGAACAUUGGAAGCCGUCCAUCAAAGCGUAAACCCAGCGGAGGCAUAGAAUCACUUAGAGCUAUUCCGUGGAUCUUUGCCUGGACUCAGACUAGAUUUCAUCUUCCAGUCUGGCUCGGCUUUGGAGCAGCAUUUAAGUAUGCCAUUGAAAAGGAUAUCAAAAACCUCCGCAUGCUGCAAGAAAUGUACAAUGCAUGGCCAUUCUUUAGGGUAACUAUCGAUUUGGUUGAGAUGGUGUUCGCCAAAGGAGAUCCAGGCAUUGCUGCAUUGUACGACAAGCUAUUGGUGUCCGAAGAUUUGUGGUCCUUCGGUGAACUUCUUAGGUCAAACUACGAGGAGACAAAGAGCCUCCUAUUGCAGAUUGCUGGACACAAGGAUCUUCUGGAGGGUGACCCAUACUUGAGACAACGACUGAGGUUGCGCGACUCGUACAUCACAACAUUGAACGUGUGCCAAGCGUACACCCUAAAGCGUAUUCGUGAUCCGGACUAUAGUGUCACACCAAGGCCUCACAUUUCAAAGGAAUACAUGGAAUCAAAGCCAGCUGCUGAACUUGUGAACCUGAACCCGACUAGCGAAUAUGCACCUGGCUUGGAGGACACACUCAUCUUGACCAUGAAGGGUAUUGCUGCUGGAAUGCAGAAUACUGGUUAAGUUAAAUCCUAUUUCAUGCCCUUCGUAUUUAUACUCGGAAAAGAAGAAGCGUCACCUGGAAUAUGAAAGAUGUUAGUCAUCGUGUUGUUGACGACUAACAUCAAGAUGAUGUAUCAUAAUGUUCUUGGGACCAUCAUUGAGCAAACUUGCACGAAGAGUGAACUAGAAUCUUAGCUGGUCAUGGUUCACUGGAAUCCCCAUUGCAAUUUUAGUAACUCUGAACACUAAGGACCCGUUUGGUUUGAUGUGUUAGGUCGAAACAAUCAUGGUAUAAAAUAUGGUAUUUGCUUUA